AGAAGAAAAUACAAAACCGAAGCAAAACAGUUUGUUUAUUGUUUUGAUAUCAAAGGUCAUCAACAUAUGGGAAAAUAAUGCUGAUUGUACUUGUUUUCUUCUAUGAACAAAUGAAUCGAUUUUAUUCUGCUUGAGUGAGUCAUUUAGAACAGUUGCAGUAGUGUAUCGAAUUUCUAAAGAAUGUACGUCAAAUUUGCAAAUUUGUUGUUAUGUUAUCUGUGCUUUUUUGAACCGGUUUCGUGUGCUCGAAGUUUCUGGCGGGGAAAAAAAUUCACGCAGGAUGGCCCAAGUCGUGUGCUUACCUCAUGGCAGUCUAAAAACGUCGAAACGUUGUGGUUCGGACAAUGGCUCGAUCACAAUGAUGCAACAAAUCCUACAACCUGGAAGCAACGGUAUUAUGUGAAUGAUGAGUUCUUCAAGCGGAAAAAUAAUAAAGCUCCAGUGUUUCUAAUGAUUGGAGGGGAAGAAGAAGCCACUGCUAGAUGGAUGAAAGAAGGAGCAUGGAUCCACUAUGCUAGGGAGCAUGGUGCCUUGUGCUUCCAGCUGGAGCACCGUUUCUAUGGCAAAAGUCGUCCCACGGCCGAUUUAUCCACGGAAAACUUGGCUUACCUAACAUCGGAACAGGCACUGGCUGAUUUAGCAUUCUUCAUUGAAGCCAUGAAUGAAAAGUACCAAUUAACCAGCCAAAACCGGUGGAUUGCAUUCGGUGGCUCAUAUCCAGGCUCACUGGCAGCUUGGCUACGGGAGAAGUAUCCGCAUUUGGUUUACGGCGCCAUUAGUAGUAGUGGUCCUCUGUUGGCAAAGAUAGAUUUCACGGAAUAUUUCGAUGUUGUGGUAGAUUCUCUUGGAAGCUACUCAAAACAAUGUGUUGAAAAUGUGCAUACUGCCAUGUCACAAAUGGAAAUACUCCUCAAACACAUGAUAGGCCAACGUAGUUUGACUGACAAAUUUCGCUUGUGCGACCCUGUAGAAAAAUCUAUUUCAAAUCCGUUGGACAUAUCCGGUCUCUUCGAAGCAGUCGCAAGCAAUUUUGCCGGGAUCGUUCAAUAUAACAAGGAUAACAGUCCGCAUGCGAAGAUCACAAUUGAUCAGGUCUGCGAUGUUAUGGUUAAUCAGAGCAUUGGAGUACCAGUUUCGAGACUAGCAGUUGUUAAUGAGAUGGUCAUGAAACAAGAUGAAGUUAAAUGUUUAGACUACGUUUAUGAUAAAACAAUUAAGCAAAUGAAGAACACUUCUUGGGAGUCGGAUGUUGCUACUGGAGCUCGUCAGUGGACUUACCAAACAUGCAACGAGUUUGGUUUCUACCAAACAUCCGAUGAUUCAAGUAAGGUAUUUGGGGAUCGUUUCCCGGUGGAAUUCUUCUUACGUCAGUGCACCGACAUUUACGGUAAGAAGUUCAAUGCAAAAUCUUUGGACCGAGCAAUUUAUCGAACUAAUACGAAUUACGGAGCACUGGAUCCAUCCACCAGGAAUGUUUUGUAUGUGCAUGGCUCGAUUGAUCCGUGGCAUCGAUUGGGAUUGAUCGAAAGUAAUGAUAUUAAUACGCCCACUAUCUUCAUUAAUGGUACUGCUCACUGUGCCAAUAUGUACGAGCCAGUGGAUGAUGAUUUCCCUCAGCUCAAAGCGGCUCGUGUCAAGAUCGAUGAUUACAUCGCCAACCUACUCAAAUUUGAAUAAUUUCAUCCACAAUUUACUCUAACCACUCUUUUUUAUUUCAAGAUAUUAGAAUGCAUCAAAAUAAAGUAAAGUUUACCUAUAAUCUA